AGCCCUAUGGCUCAAGCCGAGGGGUGGAGCAUGGGAGUCUCGGCGCCUUCGUCCCGAGGCUCGCCAGGAUGGCCCGUGGCGGCAUCCGGACGGCGUGGCUGGCGCUGACCUUCUUGGGCGCGCCGUCCGCUGGGACGGCGCCGACCUACCAGACUCUGCUGGAAGCGGGUACGAGCUGCGCGCGGCUUGGACUUCAGGACACGCUGGACGAGGCGUUGUGCGCCGCGUUUGCCGAGGAUGCUCUCGGGCUCGACAGCAGCAACGAAAAUCAGUAUUACGUUGCCGGCUUCAACUUCGGGCCCUUUGGCUGCAUGUACAUGGUCCAGGACAACCCUUUUGUCGUCUUCAGCACAUUCGGCGAAGAAGGGUAUGAGUCUCCAGCCGCCAGGAGCAUUUGCAUGGGGUCCACCACCUCGACCUCUUCGACCACCACGGGAACAACAUCCACUUCUACGACGUCCACGUCCACGUACAGCAUCACCACGACCACGACCACAUCUGCGACCACGACCACUACCACAACCACGUCCACGACGCUGUCCACAUCAACCACGACCACGACCACGUCUGUGACCUCGAUCACUCUCACAACCACGUCCACGACGUUGACGAGCUCAACCUCGACGACGACGACGGCGACGACGACAACGACGUUCACAUCUACGUCGACGUCCACGUCUACGUCGACGUCUACACAUACGUUCACCACCACUUCCACGUAUACCACUACGACCACGACCACCACGCAUACCGGCACCACUACCACGACCACGUCCACGUACACGAGCACUUCAAGCACGACAAGGACAACGUCCACUUCCACCUCCACGUCCUCGACGCUGACAACGACCAUGACGUCCACGUAUACGUCGACAUCCACGUCUACGUCCACAUCCUCCUCAACUUCGACUAGCAUGACGACGUCCACGUCAACGGUCACAUCCACCUCUACCUACACAAGCACAUCAACUACGAGGACAACGUCUACAUCCACGUCUACGUCCUCGACGACGUCCACGUCUACGGCGACAUCGACGACGAAGACAACAUCCACGUCCACGUCCACGACAGACACGGUGACGACCACGACGCUGACAACGUCCACGUCAACUUCCACGUCGAAGUCGACGACUUCUACGUCCACCACCACCACGACGACCACGUCGACCACCACGGCGACGACCACGCUCACCAUAUCGACUACCACGUCGAAGUCGUCGUCGACGACUUCCACUCUCACCACCACGCUGACCACGUCCACGACGUCUACGACGGCCGCGGCAGCGCCCAGGCUUGCCUUGGAGGACGCUAAGAGCGCCUCCACGCUCCUGGUCGUCGCCCUCAUUGGCACUCUGGCGGGCGCGGCGCUCUUCUUGUACACCUGCUACGGCGCCUAUCGCUGGCGCGAGCGCAGGCGGCGCUCGCUGCGGGGCAAGGCCGUCGUCUUCUCCGCGUGGGAAGACAUCGAGGGCGUCGUGCCCGCGGGCGCACAACCGGGCGCCGCCGAGGACCGCGCUGGGGUCUCCAAGGUUGGCGCCCCGGAUCUGCGCAGCUUGGGGUCUCCAAGGUCGGCAUCUGCGCUGCCAGCGUCUACGAGGUGGGCAUCCGCGAGCUCCCACCCCGUCAGCCACAGCGCCGCCAGCUCCACGGCGGCUACGUUACCAUCGUCUACGAGGGCGGAGUCUACGAGGUCUUCGUCGACAUUUCCAGCGCCCACGAGGCCACCGUCUACAAGCUCUCAUGCCACCAGUCACAGCGCCGCCAGCUCCAUGCUGCCUACGGUACCAGCCCCUGCGAGGUCGACGCCAGCAAGCUCUCACGCCGCUGGCGACAGCGCCGCCGGCAGCUUGGCGGCGCCUACGCUGGCCAGUGGCCGUCACCGGCUCCCUGAGCGGCUCCCUGGCAUUGACGUCUACCAGGCCGGUGCCUCGCAAGCGGGCCCCGUGCAGCAUUCUCGCCAGCCCCGGUAAAAUGCGCGGGGCCGGCCGAGCCGAGCCCACCGCCGGCCCCUCUCGGUGGCACUGUCUUGGCGCAACCUUGAUCAUCGGGAGCCCAGGGUGACUCGGGGUGCAGCGAGGAAAGAGGAGGAGGAGGAGGAG